CUUAUACCUUGUCGGACCCACAGUACUAACGGUACUCAUAGGUUUAUACAUUUUCUCCCUUCGAACGCAUCGGACGUGUUUUUUUGUCUUAAAUCUGAGAGAUCUGGAAUACGCGGCAUGUUUUCAAGCAACUUGGUGGCCAUCUUCUUGCUGGCGUGCUUCGGCAUAGCGCAGGCUUACCCGGCCCUGCUGCCCUAUAUCUACAAUCCCUCGCACGAAGUCCAUGCCGUUAAGCGCAACGAUGCGGUUUUCCCCCAAAUAGAGGACGAUGUCGGCGAGCUGGACCAGCUGCGGAAGGAGCAGGUGGGUGUGAGCAAGCGGCAGCAUGACGGUAGCACCGCCCGCACCAGCACUACUACCAAGGAGAGCGUGGAGGAGGGUGCCGCCGCCCCCGAGCCCCAUCAAAGUGCUAACGUGAACAUCCUGCCGGAUUUGGAGCGGCAGCUGGAGGUGGCCACGCCGCUGAUAUCGACUACAACCACCACCAGUACCUCUGCCACGACCACGACGGCCACGUCAAAGGAGGAGAGCGAACGCUCACAGCUGGAGGAGCCGAAGACAGCCGUCAAGACGGUGGUCGAGCCGACGGUUCAUGCCAAGUGUAUAUCCACGAAACCACCCAAAAACCAACAGGCAUUUUACGGUGCAGCUCGUCUAGCCUUCGGCCAGAAUCCGGAGGUGUUACCAACAUCCUCAACCACGUCCACAAGCACCACAACAACAACCACAACAACAACUCCAGCACCACCUGAGGAACCAAAGGCCGAGCCCGAGCCUGAGCCCGAAACUGAGCCCCAAGCAGCAGCCGAAUCUCAACCUGAACCUGAACCUGAUCACGAACCCGAAUCCGAGUCUGAAGGGGAUGCGGCCGUGCCAGAUAAUAUCGAAGCAGCUGCAGCGGAAACAGAACUGACCGCCCUGACACCUCCCAAGGUGGCAGGACCCCACAGCCACGACCACGACGGCAACAAGGAGACCAUUGGGGACAUCAUCUUUGAUGUGGUGUCAUGGAAUCCGGAACGGAGGUCUAGCGCGCCGAAGAUAACGGCCAAGACGGUCCAGGGGCUACUGCACAGUCCUAAUGGACAGUACUCCUCAUUCGACAUGGCUCAGUAUAUAUUUUGGACUGGCGACGAGACGGCUGUAGUCAAGGCAGUGGAGGAACUAGUCAGUGGAAGAGUGAUCACCAGAGAGAAUGCUCUCAAGUUCUUGCAGGAUAUUCGUUUGGGCAUUGAGUUCUUGCAGCGAUCCUAUGCCAACCGCAUUUUCCCCGAGGAGGUCCGUCAGAACCAGCUAAAGCGCCAUAGUCCCCCCAGCCCCACGACAUCAACAACAUCCACAACAACAACAACUACCAGUACCACGAGUACAACUACGGAGAAACCCUUCCCGGAUGUGCAUGCUGCGGAGGGGAUUGCGCCGCAGGCAGGAGCCGUGCCAGUGAAAACCUUUGAUAGCUUCAACUUCUGGAACAAGCUGAAGGAUAUGGAUAAUGAGGUGCAACAAGACCUAACCGACUAUGACGAGGGUCGGGCCAAGAUAGUGGAGUACCUGUACAACGAGUACUCCCUGGAGGAGAUCCUCUACAAGCUGGCAAAGGUGAUGUUUGCCCAGUCCCUGGCCCAUGGAUCCGAUGAGGCACAAAUGGAGUUGCAGAAGCUAACCGAGUUCCUGGAGCACGAGGGCAACCUAGGCGUUAUACCCGUUGAUUUGCAGAAAAAAGUAUUACGAGUGCUGCUUAGCGCCUUGUCAGACACGUUGACCGAGCAUCCAGAACUGCUGCCGGCAGCACGGGUCAACCUGGCCAAUCCAUUUUACAGGCUUCCAAUGCAUACUCCCAGCCAGUAGAGCGCGGCGUAGCGCAGCGCUUUAGCAAAAGUUAUCAGAAUAAUAUAAAUCUAUCUAUAUAUAAAUAUAUAUAUAUAAAUGUAUACAUGCAUAAUCCACAUCAGCUACCAGCUAUCAGCUAUCGACAUUUAACAAACAGAUUUGAAGAUGCUCUCUCUCGGAAUUGCCUAGGACUCUUUCAUUCGACUUAGCCCUAUGCUUUUUAUUGUGAGUACUCGAAAUUACCCGGUCGAUUGGCACUUCCAAGUUGAUUUAUGGAUAUGUUUUUAUCCUAUGUGUAAUAUAGCAAAAUAUUCUCGUGAUAUUUUUGUUGUCAGGCAGAGGACGAGACAGAGAAACCCCCUUAAGUACACGGUAUUUUUAGGAACCAUAGCAAAAUUAAUUACUGAAACCCUCAACAGAUGGAGACUUUCGCUACUUUGAGCUUUUAACAUGAAUCUAACACUAUCUAACAAUCUAAAGUAGAAUAUUUACUGCGUACACUUGCUUGUAUUUGAUAUGAGUUAGUUAGGAACAAUGCGGUCGAGGAGGUCGCAGGAGCAGAGUAUCUUUGGUAACGAAGCAGGAAAGGGCUCUGAGUCCGCAUAUAU